GCGCGCAACGUCGUCAUGUUCCUCGGCGACGGUAUGUCCGUGCCGACGCUAGCAGCCGCCCGGACGCUGCUAGGUCAGCGCAAUAACAGACCCGGAGAGGAGGCUAAAUUGUCCUUCGAGAAGUUCCCCACCGCCGGGCUCAGUAAGACCUAUUGCGUAGACCAGCAAAUCGCCGAUUCGGCGUGUUCAGCUACAGCAUACCUGUGCGGCGUUAAGGCGAACGAAGCGACGCUCGGAGUGACCGCGGCGGUGGAGCUGGGCGACUGCGCCGCCUCGCUGCGCCCCGACGCGCGCCUCGACUCCAUCGCCGCCUGGGCGCUGGCCGACGGCCGCGACGCAGGUAUUGUUACAACCACGCGAGUGACUCAUGCAUCUCCCGCUGGCGUUUACGCUAAAGUGGCAGAACGCGACUGGGAAAAUGAUGAUGCAGUUCGCAGAGCGGGUCACGACCCCGCUCGGUGCCCCGACAUUGCUCAGCAGUUGGUGCAUGAAAAACCUGGAAGUCAGCUUAAGGUCAUAUUAGGCGGGGGGAGACGAGAGUUCAUACCGCAGAGCAUGAUUGACGAGGAGGGAAGGCCGGGCUUGAGAGCGGACGCUCGUAACCUCAUCGAGGAGUGGCAACAAGACAAGCGCGCGCGCAACGCGAGCCAGCGCUACGUGUGGAACCGCGAGCAGCUGCUGGCCGCGCAGGCGGACCCGCCGGAGUACCUGUUGGGCUUGUUCGAGAACAGCCACAUGCAGUACCACCUGGAGGCGGACCCCACCACGGAGCCCACGCUCGCCGAGAUGACCGAGACAGCGAUACGCAUGCUGAGCCGCAAUGAGAGAGGAUUCUUCCUGUUCGUGGAGAGCGGGCGCAUCGACCACGGCCACCACGACAACUACGCGGAGCUGGCGCUGGACGAGACCAUCGAGCUGAGCGAGGCGGUGGCGCGCGCCGCCGCACAGUUUUUACCGGUUACCACCUGUUUGGAAGCAGUUUCUAAAGAAAAGAAACUCUACCCUUUUUAA